GUCAAUUUUUCAAAUAAAAAUAUAAAAAAGGAAAAUGUAAAUGGGAAGAAGAAAAGUUAGGAAGACGCAAGCGCAGUCGAAGAGAGAACUCCCAUCGCCGUUGUUCUGCAGAACUGCGCAAGUUUUGUUUUCCUUUUCACAACGAAUUUCAACAUUCUAUUCACGUUUGUUUCUGGAAAAAGGUUGAUAUUUUUCUGGAAGAUUUAGGGUAUUGAUUGAAACAAUCGUAUUGUGAUCGAUGAGACCGAUACGUCUGAGGGAGCCAUCUAGCCCUACCAUGGUCAAAGCAGAAAUCUUCGAAGGAGGCGUUUAUGGCGUUAUAAGGCGUGCUGUUGUCAUCGGCAACGGCUCUUCCUGUGCUGAAAAUCAGUGUAUCGGUUUGGUUCAGGCGCUUGGUCUGGCUGACAAGCAUGUGCUCUAUCGGGUUACAAGGCCUAGAGGAGGAAUAAAUGAUUGGCUGCACUGGCUUCCAGUUUCUCUUCACAAAAAAUUAGAUUAUAUCAUGACCCUGAUAGGUGUUUACACCCGGGUCCUGGUGAGAUCCAAAGGGAGAAAACUUGUGCCUCUAUCUUCAGAAAAUGGUGGAAGCACGGGCUUGUCAUGCAUUUUAGAAGCUGACUUGAAGCAUAUUGUAUCUAUGGUUCGGGAGACUUAUGAAAAGAAUGGACCUCUAUUGGUGGUUGCAUCUGGUAGAGAUACCAUAACUAUUACGAGUUCCAUUAGGCGACUGGUAUCAGAGAAUGUUUUUGUUGUGCAGAUUCAACAUCCAAGGUUGCAAUUGAAUCGGUUCGACUUGGUCAUCACCCCGCAUCAUGAUUAUUAUCCUUUAACUCCACAAGCACAAGAGCAAGUUCCUCGAUUUAUAAGGAAGUGGAUAACUCCACGGGAACCACCAGAUCAACGCGUGGUAUUGACUGUUGGAGCCCUACAUCAGAUUGAUUUUGCUGCAUUACGUAGUGCAGCUAGUGCAUGGCAUGAUGUGUUUGCUCCUCUUCCAAAACCCUUAUUGGUGGUCAACGUAGGAGGGCCGACUAGUCGCUGUCGAUAUGGUGUGGAUCUUGCAAAGCAGCUGGCCACUGGUUUGCUGAGUGUUCUUGCAAGCUGUGGAAGCGUCAGAAUAUCCUUCUCUGACAGAACUCCUGAGAAGGUGUAUAAUGUUAUUGUGAAAGAACUUGGGGAUAAUCCAAAAGUUUACAUCUGGGAUAGACAAGAGCCAAAUCCGCACAUGGGCCAUUUAGCUUGGGCAGAUGCAUUCGUUGUAACAGCAGAUUCAGUUAGCAUGAUAAGUGAGGUUUGCAGUACUGGGAAGCCUGUCUAUGUAAUUGGAACUGAACGCUGUAAGUGGAAGUAUUCAGCGUUCCAUAAAUCCUUGAAGGAGAGAGGAGUCAUCCGCCCAUUUACCGGGACUGAGGAUAUCUCAGAGAGCUGGAGUUAUCCUCCACUGAACGACACAGCCGAAGCAGCUACUCGUGUGAGGGAAGAACUAGCCAAGCGUGGCUGGGGAAUACGGCCAUAGCCAUAGGAAGCACAAAGUAGGCUCCAGUUGUAAAAAAAAAAGGGGCCCUUUCAUCAUUUGAGCAUUACUUUUGUACAAUGGUGCACAUAGGAACAGAGAAUUACAAGCAUUAACAGUUUCAAAUCCAAUUUUUGGACGAAAUUUGAAAGAUGAAAUAAUGAAGCUAGCAGCAGCUGUUUGUUAGUGCGGCUUGUAUUAUAGGCAGAGGCUUUUGCUUGCUCUUUACCACAGAUCUGGCACUCUUAGAUUUUGUUAAGGAUAAUUUUUAUACCGUACGGUGGAAUAUAAACUUGUAAAUUUUUUUUCAUUAUACUGAGAAAAUAAGUAGAGUUUUAAAUUCAUUUGUUCCUAGCCACUGUGGGAAAGAACAGACGUGUAUAAGUAAUUGAAUGAGUUUGACAGGUGUUUCAUGGUUUAUUAAUUGAGCUUUGAACUUUGCGGGCA